AAAAGGGGAUCAGGUGCCCACUGGCUCCCCACCAAAGAGAGGAAACUUGGGGUCCCCUCCCCGGUCCCCCCCUCCUCCCUGCAGGGAUGUCUCGGAGGAAACAGCGCAACCCCCAACAGCUCAUCUCGGAUUGUGAAGCAUCCACGGCCUCUGAGAACGGUGACCUUGGAGGAGGCGGCUCGGCCCCAUUCUCCUGUCCCUCCUGCCAUAUCAGCUGCAAGGAUCCUUCCGAGUUGGUGGCUCACGUGGAUUCCGGCUGUCUGGAGCCCCCCACGUGCUCGGCGGCCACGGCCACCUCUGCUGCUGGCCAAGACCACACCUUUGUCUCUUCCUCCUCGUCCUCCUCGUCCUCCGUCGAGGUCCGCCCCGAAAGCCCUCCGAGCAUGGACAUGGAGUCCGGGGCUCUGCUGACAGACCCCAACCAAGAGCCGGUUCCUCCCGGCCCGCCUCGCCCUCCUCCACAACCUAUGCCUCCCGCAGCUUCCGUUCCUUCCGGGCACCUCAACAUCCCUCUUAUCCUGGAGGAGCUUCGGGUGCUGCAGCAGCGCCAGCUCCACCAAAUGCAGAUGACGGAGCAGAUCUGCCGCCAGGUGUUGCUUUUGGGCUCCCUGGGCCAAGCGGGCUCCUCGACGCCUUCCGCAGAGCCGGCGCCGGUCGCCGCUGUUCCACCCAAGCCACCCUUGCCGGUCUUUUCCAUCAAAACGGAGCCCGGGAGAACCCAGGCGUCCGGCUCCCCCGAAGUGCCCAAACCGGCCUUCUUCCACCUCUACCAUCCUUUCCCCAGCGGUGCCAGGGUCCCCAAAGCCGAGCAGCUCCUGGCCCCGGCUUUCCCGACGGCCACGGGCCUCCUGGCCGCUCAGUGCCUGGGCGCCGCUCGGGGUUUGGAGCAGGCCACCUCGCCGGGCUUGCUCCGGCCCGAGGGGGAGAUUCCUGAGGACUUCCAUCUCCCUUCUUUCCCCCCCAGGACGAGCGGCAAAGUGUUCGGCAGCGACAGCGCCCUCCAGAUCCACCUGCGCUCCCACACAGGCGAGCGCCCUUACAAGUGCAACAUCUGCGGCAACCGCUUCACCACCCGGGGGAACCUGAAGGUGCAUUUCCACCGCCACAGGGAGAAGUACCCCCACGUUCAGAUGAACCCCCACCCGGUCCCCGAGCACCUCGAUUACGUCCUCACCGCCUCGGGGCUGCCCUACGGCAUGUCGGUGCCGCCAGAGAAAGCCGAAUCUGGAGAGGAGACGGCAACACCUCCGGCCGCAGAACGCAAGGCCCUGAGCGCGACCGAGAGCUUGACAAUCCUUUCCGGGGCCUCCCCGUCUUCGGCGGCCCAGGCCCUGCCGACCUUCAACAAGCUGGUCCUGAUGAAGGCGGUGGAAGCGAAGGGCAAAGGGGACGAGAACACUCCUCCGGAAAGGGAGUCCGAGGGCACCCGGCUUCAGUUGGGGAAGUUGGUGGGCUCCUUGCCCAGCUGGGCCUUGUUGGCCAACCACUUCAAAGCCGGCGCCGCGGUGGGGCCUUUCCCGUACGUCCUGGAGGCAUCGCCCUCGGAAACCUCCAAGCUGCAGCAGCUGGUGGAGAAGAUCGACCGCCACGGGUCUCCCUCGUCUUCCUCCUGCACGGCCCCCGUGACCGCCGCCCAAGCCGCGGCCGGUUCCUCGUCCUCUGCAUCCCCGCCCGCCUCGUCGUCGUCGUCUUCCGGACCCAACCAGUGCGUCAUCUGCUUGCGGGUCCUGAGUUGCCCCCGGGCUCUGCAACUUCACUACGGGCAGCACGGAGGGGAGCGGCCGUUCAAGUGCAAAGUGUGCGGGCGGGCUUUUUCCACCCGGGGGAACCUGCGGGCCCACUUUGUGGGCCACAAGACCAGCUCGGCGGUCCGCGCUCAAAACUCUUGCCCCAUCUGCCAGAAGAAGUUCACCAACGCCGUCAGUCUCCAGCAGCACGUCCGCAUGCAUCUCGGCGGGCAGAUCCCCAACGGGGCGCUCCUCCCCGAGCCUUCCAUUUUGGAAGGGGCCCCGCUGGUGGAAGGGGAGAAGCCGCAGCAGCAGCCAGAGCAGCAGCAGCAGCAACAGAUCCAGGCGGCUUCUCCUCAAGAGGACGACCUUUCGGAGGAGGACGAAGAAGAACCCACCGACGAAGACUCGAUGGAAAGCAGCGGGGAGAAGGUGGAAGGGCUGUCCAGUCCCGAACGGGAGGCCGCGGGGGCUACCAAAGAAGGAGAGGCAGUGGGGCGGGCAGACGAAGAGGAGGACGGGGGAGCCCCGCCGUCUGAGCCCGGGAGCCCUCCACGGCCCAUGCAGGAAGAAAACGUCGAGAUGGGAAAAGUGGGCGGGGGAGUUCCCCAAGAGGAAGAGGAGGAGGAGAAUCAGGAGAAGGAGAAGGCGGCGGGAGGGGAAGGCCCAUCUGAGACCCAGCACGGUAGUCAAGCCAAAGAGGGGCUGCUGCCGUUGGUGUGUGGGAUCUGCAAACAGGCCUUCCCUGACCGGGCAGCUUUGCGGAAACAUGCAGUGACUGUCCACCAACAGGUCCACCCCGGCAGCCACGCCUGGAGCAGCAGCAACAGCAGCCUGGCGCGCCGUGGACGGCGGCCGCCUCUCGAAGGCCCCGUGGCAGGGCUGUCGAGCGGUCAAGUCAAGCUGCGAGACUUCUUGGGACGUGACCUACCAGCCCAGCUCGUGGGGGUGGGACCCCUCUCCUUCUGGAAUCAGUACACGGCCUUCCUCUCCGGGGGUCUCCCAACCAAGCCGGCCCACAGCGUUGCUGUUCCCACCUCUUCUUCUUCCUCCUCUUCCUCCUCCUCCUCUUCCUCUUCUGCUUCCACCAUGGUCACACAGGGCUUCUUUGGAUCAAGCCUCCCCCUGGGGAAAGGAAGUCCAGGCGAGACCAAGGAGAAACCUCCGCCGGUGGGGCCGGACCGC